AUGGAGACCUUUGCCCAUGAGGAAUGGGCUAAGAUUCCCCAGGAACGCUGUCAGAAGCUGGUGUCUGGCUAUGCAUCAUGUUUGCAGCAGGUUAUAACAGCAAAAGGAUAUUUUGUACUGGACCCAGAGGUUGGUCAGCUCCAAUAUUAUCUAAAUGAACUUAGUAAAAGCCAGCAACCUCCACGAGGGUCUCUGCCUCUCCUUGGGGCAAUAGUGAUCUCCAGCAAUGACUUUCCCUACAUGUUUACUGUUCAGUCUACUACUGGGGUUUCCUACAAACUUAGAGCACUGGACGCCCAGGAGCAGGAGUUAUGGAUGACUCAGCUGCAACUGUGUUCCCGACGCCACUCUGACAGCAGCGCCAAGGUGAUGAGCCAGGCUGAAGGGCAGCAGAAGAACCUAGUCAACUCUAUUGAGCCCCUACCCCCCCGAGGUGGACCCCUCUCUUCUCUGGAUGAGGACCUACUCCUUUUAAAGGCCACUUCUGCAGCCACUUUGAGCUGCCUGGGGGAGUGCCUCAGUAUGCUGCAGCACAAUGUUGUUCAGGCCCUCAACCAGAACCAAAACCAGAACCACACCUCUCGUCCCAGCCUCAGCCACUGUUCAUCUGGUCUGAAUCAGGCAGCUCCCAGAGAGAGAAUUCUGGGGUCACACUGGAGUCAGCAUUACAGCUCCAGUGUGACCCAAGUGGAGCCUGGUGGCCUCAGUUCCAGCAGUCAAAACCUGACUCACAGCUUAAGUGAGAGCCGAAGUCCCAGUCACAGACGAGGAACUGACCACAACCACAUCCAAAGCCAGAGUCAGUCACAUGCAGACAGUUCUGCUGGAUGGUCCAGAUCUCCUUCUGAGAAGCAGGUGAAAAAUAGCACGCAAACACCUCCCUCCUCCACCACCUGGCCUUCUUCCACACAAACAUACAAGGACCUGGGCCUCUCUUCUGAGGUAGGGGGGUUAAAUAAAAAGCUUUACCGAUGCUUACAGCAGGGACAGCAGCAGUGCCAGACCAGCAGCCCAGACACCCUCGAUCCCAAUGAUGAGACCACAGACACAGAGGACAACGAGGAAGAGGACCUCGGAGUUCUUGAUGACCAGCGAAGCAUCAUCAUUCACCUCCUGUCUCAGCUCAAACUUGGCAUGGACCUGACACGGGUGGUGCUCCCUACCUUCAUCUUGGAGAAGCGCUCCCUACUAGAGAUGUACGCCAACUUUAUGUCUCACCCUGACAUGUUCCUCUCCAUCACCUCUGGCUGCACACCAGAGGAGCGCAUCAUUCGCUUUGUGGAGUACUACCUGACUGCCUUUCAUGAGGGCCGGAAGGGUGCUGUGGCCAAGAAACCCUAUAACCCCAUACUGGGUGAGAACUUCCACUGUUCGUGGUAUGUGCCCCAGGACCAUGUUAGACCUCUGAGGACUACCAGCUGCAACGGUCCAAACUCAGCUCCCACAGCCACUUCUAACAUUCCCAGGUCCUCACAGAAGGGGGUGGAUGGCAGCAGCACAAGAAACUCAGACUGCUAUCGUGUUCGCUUUGUGGCGGAGCAGGUGUCCCACCACCCACCUGUAUCAGGCUUCUACUGCGAGUGCAAGGAGAAGAGAAUGUGUGUCAACACUCAUGUCUGGACCAAGAGCAAGUUCAUGGGCAUGUCUGUUGGAGUCUCCAUGGUCGGGGAAGGUGUGCUGUAUUUGUUGGACCAUGAUGAGGAGUAUGUGUUCACACUGCCCUGUGCCUAUGCCCGCUCCAUCCUGACUGUUCCAUGGGUGGAACUUGGGGGAAAGGUCACUAUCAACUGUGCCAAGAGUGGAUACUCUGCUGCUGUCACUUUCCACACCAAACCCUUCUAUGGAGGAAAAGUACACAGAGUAACAGCAGAGGUGAAGCACAACCAGACAGGAAACAUUGUGUGUAAGGCCCAGGGAGAGUGGAAUGGGAUGCUGGAGUUCAUCUAUAACAAUGGGGAAAACAAGGUGAUUGACACCUCCAAGCUACCAGUCAUCAAGAAGAAGAUCCGGCCUGUGGAGAAGCAGGGCCAGUAUGAGUCACAGCAUCUUUGGCAGCAUGUAACAGCGUCGUUGAAGGCAGGAAAUAUGGACGAAGCCACAGAACACAAACACUGCCUGGAAGAGAGGCAGCGCAGUGAGGGCAAAAAGAGAGCUACCACUAAAACCCCUUGGAAACCCAAAUAUUUUAUUAAAGAGGGUGAGGGCUGGGUGUACCACAAGCCUCUGUGGAAAGCUCACUGACCAGGAGUCUUGGAAGCAACUGUUCACACCCAGACAACAGGUGUGGUGAUCAGGGCCAGGGGCAGGCUGUCAGAAAUGUGAGGAGGCAGAGAGAGAGAUGAGAUUCUCUGUGUGCCAGAACAAGAGGUGCCAAAGACUUCCAGUGGAACAAUGACAAACAAACAGUCUUGUUUAAUCAGAAACAUGUUUCUUUAGCAGUGAGGUGAGACUGAUCUUACACAGGUAUGGCCACUUUUGAGAUUACAGUAUGAAGACACAAGAAUGGGACAUUUUUUCAAUCAAUCCAAACUAAUUUCUGUAAGCAGCGACUGCCUCUCUCACUUUUUAGUUGUUUGCACAACGUUCUAAACAAGUGUCAGUCACAACAGUUUUGCACAAUUCACUGUACAAUAUAUAUUGAUGAGCCAGAACAUUAUAACAUUUACAAAGUGACUAAUAGUGAUUAUCUUAUAACAGUGUCGUCACAAUGUGAAGUUCUGAAUAUAUUAGUCUGUGAGCAAACAGCUGAUUCUCUGAGUCAACAUGUUGGAUGUGGGAGAAAUGUGCAGGUGUAAACACCUGAGCCACUUCAACGAGGACCAAAGUGUUAUGGCCAGAUCAGGCAGUCGAAGCAUCUCAGAAACAGGAAGAUUCAUGGGGUGCUCCUGGUCAGCAGUGGUGAGGAACUGAACAAGUCUGAUCUACAUCGGCUCUACCUCGACAGCUUACAGGACUAACAGGACCUGCUGCUAAUAUCUUGGUGCAAGACACCACAGGGACCCUCAGAGGUCUUAUAGAGUCCACAUCUGUGGGUUGGAGCUGUUUGCACAGCACGUGGAGGAUCAACAGCAUCUUAGAGAGGGGUGGUCAUAAUGUUUUGGCCCAUCAGUGCGCAGUAAGCAAUGUGUGUGUGUGUGUGUGCUUUAGGUGUAUGUUUGAGAAUGGAUUUGAGUACUGAAUGCACAGAGAGAGCAGGGCAGAAUGUAGUCCGACUGGUUUCAUUUGAAGUUGAAGCUGUAGUCCACUGAUCUUCUCUUUAAUGGAACUCAUUUAACCUCAUAUGACAGAUAACUUUUUUAGGGGAGAAAUGACAUGACAUUAUCUAAGGUCAUCAUUCAUAUUCAGUCAAGGAGGGCUAUAUACAUUGCUCAUAUUAAGGUUCACUUUCACUGUAAUUCAUCCACAGCAUCUAAUAAAACCCUCAGUCAACCACUGUGUUACUAUAGACAGAGACUUAAUAACAAGUUAGACUGUGCCCCAUUAUAACAGCUGACUAUUUCACUGGAACAUUUAAUAUGCUGCAGUUUGACCCUAGAGGUGGAGAAACUUUGUGGGUCAGUUCAGCCAUAUGAUGAUGGAACAAAUUAUCAUAGUCUAGGUAUCUUUCCAUGCAGAUAGUUUUAUUUUCAGAUAUGUGUCUCUGAAAUGUCUGCCUGUACCAAAAUUCAUCUGUAUUGGAUUGCAAAUGGUAUUCCAUUUGCAGAUUUUUCUAAUGUCCUUAGUUAAUCCACAGAACAUACUGGGAAUAGUUUUCCUAGGAACUGUUUCUUUAGUAGAGGUGUUUUGUCAUGGAUUAUCCAGAGAAAAGUCACAUCACUGUCGCUUCAAAAGUAAUUUCCAUUUACAAUCUGGAGGGAGGAGGACUGAGCCUGUGGUUAUAGUUAAAGCUUAUUAUAAAGUGAUUACUAGUGUCUUACUAAAUUAGCUUUGCUAGCAUGAGCAGCACUAGACUUUAGCUCUUAUGCUUCCUUAUUUAAUUAACCUUUUCUCUUUGAAUUCUGUGGUCACAGAUGAAUGAUUAAAGGAAUUCAUUUCGAUUCAUAUUUAAAUGUAAAUUUUAGCCAGAGCUCCAUCUCUGCUUGUCAGAUUCGAUAGUUUGUUAGCUUGCAGUUUUUAUUUAACUUCCAACUUUUUCAUAUACAGUUCCACCAACAACUGCAUCUCACCAAAUGGGGCACCAGUGAUGGUUGAUAUGUAUGGAGAUGCCUGUCAAGUAACUGAUAAGCACCACAGUGCACCAUUUGCUGUGAGGCCAUCAUGAUCACUGCCCCACUAUAGUGUGAAAUAGUUGACCUGUCCACCUGAUUACAGUAGUAUGGUUCUUGUGGGGGUACCACUAUAUUAAUCAGCAUCUCAGUUCUAAAACCAUUUGAAACCAUUGUAGUGAUUUUUUCUAACUCCAUCCGUCAAGUUCACACUAGAGCCAGAGUCAACUGCCUGAACAUCAUUUAUUUUAGUUCAUAUUCAUUGGGAAUGUUUCUCAGUGUCAUCAUGUAGUUUUGACCAGGCAACUAGCCAAACACCUUGUCCUCCAUCUGACCAUUAAUCAACAAACCUAUGCAACACUUGACUGUAGACAGUAGUCCUGAGGGGCACCUGGGCUUGGGAAUUAAGAAGCUCUGUAUUUGUUUGAAAUAAAGAUCUCUUAUCAA